UAUUAUGAGUGAUAUGAAUUCACCCAAACAGAAGCCUGAAUGAAACCAUGGUCAAACAAAGCUGAAAAUCGUAUCUUAAUGAUAUCGAAACUCCAGUAAUGUUCUUUCUUCUACUUCUACCAAAAUAAUCACACUUUCAAAUUCAAACCAACAAUGUUACUCACUUGUAAUCAUCACCAUCACUAUCACCCUUUCCCACAUUCUUCUUCUUUUUCUUCAGCUACCCCUUCACUCUUCACGAUCAUCCCCUCACGCCCCCUUCAUCUCAACACUCCAAUCCUCAACCUCAAACCACUUUCCACACCCCACCGUUUCACUUCCUACACCGUCCACACCAACUCCUUCCCCCGCCGAUCUCAACUUUCCGUCGUCGAUUCAAAUUUCGAUUCCUUCCUUUCCUUCCUCGAACUCUCCGCCCUUCUCUCUUCCCUCGUCGUAUCCGCCGCCGUUGCCGUGACUGCAAUUUGGAAGAAGGGGUUAUAUCUUGCAAUCGGUAACAGAGUUGCUCCGUGGAGUUUGUUGUUGUUGGUGGUUGGUGUUUUAACUGGUGCGCUGAUUAGGAGAAGGAAAUGGAGAGAGACGGUGUUGAACGGUGUUGUUUCUGUUUCGGAGGUGGAUUUUUUGCAGAGGAUUGAGAAAUUGGAGGAGGAUUUGAAGAGUAAUGCGACGGUUGUUAGGGUUUUGUCUAGGCAGCUUGAGAAAUUGGGGAUUAGGUUUCGUGUUACCAGGAAAGGUUUGAAGGAACCUAUAACUGAGACUGCAUCUCUGGCACAGAAGAAUUCUGAGGCCGCAAGAGCAUUAGCCCUGCAAUCAGACAUUUUGGAGAAGGAGCUGGGUGAAGUUCAAAAGGUUUUGCUAGCAAUGCAGGAACAACAGCAAAAACAACUUGAUCUCAUUCUUGCAAUUGCAAAGGCAGGUAAUCUAUGGGAAAGCAAGCGUGAAACUAGUGAAGAACACGGUACAAUAGAAAUGUCUAACACAGCUGCGAAUCUCAAUGUGGUAAAUCAGGAGGUCCGCCAAAUUUGAAGCUUGGGUUAAACUAAGGAAAACCAUCAAAUUACAGAGGGAUGAAUCUCAGUGUUACAUUCUUUGUUUUUUGAUGUGUACACUGAAACUGAACCAUCCAUCUGCACACAAAGUCAAAGUAGCCAGAAUUUUCUUGGCACAUAAAUAAUGAUUACACAUUUACUAAGGGCGGCUCUAGUUUCCCGUGGAUACAGAUGGGAAAAAUUUACUCAACGAGUCAAUUCAAAGAGGGGAUAAUUGUUCGAACUCUCUCUGGUUCUGUGGUAAAUUUUGGGAAUGUAUUGUUGGUUCUUUGUGUUUGUCCGUGUACUUUCAUUUCAGGUUUACAAGGUAACUCAUCAUCAAUUUGUCACAGUUCACGUCUUUCCGUUAGUUUUGCUGUAACAAAAACAGAUGAAUAUACAUUGGUGUGGAACAUAUUUUGGUCAGUAACUGAGCUAUUUGGGUCAAGUUCGUUUUGUAUCAGAUAGGAUUGAAUUCACGGUGGUGGUUUGUUUUCACAA